CAUAGACUACUAGUUCACGAAAAUUAUUGUGAAAAAUGUACAGAGAUAGACAGAGACUGGCACACCCACCUACCCAUAAGGGACCAAAAGUCUUUCAAAUAAUUCACUUUGUUCAUUGCAUCAAUCACGUAUAGAAAGAAAGAAGAGAGAAGAGAAGAGAAGAAAGAAAUUGAAGGUGAGAGAGAUGGAAGGCCUCAUCCCUAUGGUUUACAAGGCGCUGAAGAAGAAGACGACUCGCCGGCAAUACAAGUGUCUCUCCUCCGGUGCUGCUCAAACCUAUAACAACAACAUCUCAGUUGACUUCUAUGCCCAACAAGGUUACAAAAGCUAUCAACUGGAAAUGGCUAGUUCCAUUGGUGGUGGUGGUGGUGAUGUUGAAUUAAUGGCUAGUAGUAAUGGCCGCCACCACCACCACCGACGACACAAGUCCUCCAUUGGCGAUUAUUCCACUGGGUUUUCGGCAGCACCAGAGGAUACGGAUACGGAUACGGUGGUGCUACACAAUAAGCAGCCGCAGCCCAAGCCCAAGCUGGUGCGCUUUAGGAGCCAUAGAUUCUUCUCUUGUGUCACUCCAAACUCUGCAUGAUCAAAGAUCAACCCACCCCUUCUUCAAUUUUUGUGUAAAAUAUAAUACCAUAUUAUUGUUCUCUUUUGCUUAUUAAUUGUUUAGUGUUUUGGGCAAGGUCCAUGUGUAUAGUUUUUCUUUUUUUAAUUUUUAAAAGAAGCUAUUUUUCUCAUUUUAGGUCUGUUUCUUGUAGCUAGCCAAGGCAGAAUGCUAGUGAGAAUUUGGGAGAGUGAGAGAGAACAUGAUUAAUUAGCAUGAACAAGGAGAGAGUGAUAGUUUAAUUUAUUUUACGAUCACCAAAUUGAGACUUCAUAUCA